AUGGCGUUUGCUCUUAAAUGUUUUGUUGUUUUUGUUCUUCUCUCUAUGGUUUCUCAAGGACUGUGCCACUGCACUUUUGGUAAGAUCCGGAUCGGAGCGGUGAGGACAGGGAGAGAAAUCGCUGGACAGCCGGAGUGGAAAGUGACGGUAACCAACACGUGCAAUUGUUUUCAGAAGCACGUGACUCUGUCUUGCGGAGGGUUUGUUCCUGCGAAGCCUGUCAAGCCAUCGCUGCUUCAGCCACAAGGAAACACGUGUCUUCUGAUUAAAGGAGCAUCUUUGCCAGCUGGCGCCACCGCUCAGUUCACUUACGCCGGUCAGCCUUACAUCUUCAGACCCGUUGGUUCCAUGGUCGACCCAAGUUGCAAGAAUUGAUUUUUUUUUUUGCUGUUACAGCUUCUUUAAAACAUUUGUGGGUAAGGUCGUUAUCAGAUUUCUUGUAACUCAAGGAAGAAGACGUUUUAAUUUCUUAUUCUCCAAGAAACUGAAUUAUGACUCCUUGUGUGAAACAGAAAUGUUAGAAGUUUAAUUAAGCAUGAUUAACAGAGGAAUUACGUUUGA